AUGGAUAUUGACUUCGAUAUGAUGUUGAAUGGAUCGGAUAUGGAUCCGCAAAGCCAGAGCACUUUACAACAACAGCAGUUCUCUGGAUGUGAUAUGUUGUUGUCGGAUAAUGAUCCGAGUAUGUGGGAUCCGUUCAACGAGGAUCUGAGUAAUUUUGAAUGUACUCUAUUCGAUGGUUUUACCGCAUCUUCAACAUCCGCUUCAUUCGUUAAUGGUAAUAAUAAUAACAAUAAUAAUAGUAAUACGGAUGGUGCGAAGAUGACAAUUUUGGACGAUGAAUGCUUCAUUGAUAAAUUGUUCACACAAUUGGAGCAACAAAAAGAGGAACCAUUAGAUUCCUACGAUGACGAGCAUUCGUAUGCGCAUGUGCCUGGAACACCCGGUUCUGAGCGAUCUUCCGGCUUCAGUGGCUCAAGUGUCCGGUCGUCAUCGGUAUCUCCUGGAAUGUCGUCGACACUCGAUCCGUCUGUGGGCUUGAUGACAUCCAACUCUGCAGAACAACCACUCGAUAUACUUCAAGUUGCAAGCAGUCAGAUAUUCGACGAAAAAGAUUUCAAGCCGUCCGCAUUGCUGCCCUCACAAUCUGUUUCAUCAGCCACGGCCACGAUUCCCAGCUCGAACUCCACUCUAACCUCGUCAACUACCGCGAAUCAUUCCCCUUACCAACAGACUCAUCAUUCAACCACCACACAUCAACACCAUCAACAACAGUCGAGACGAUCCAAUAAUUCCGCGAAACCCCGAACUGUCGUCAGAUUCAGUGAGUAUUUCUUUUUCCACAUAAUUUUUCUUUUUCGACCACAUUUUUCCUCCUAUUCAGAAUGCUCGCUUGCCCUUCAUUCCAUGCGAAAUUUUUCGAAAUAUUCCAUUCGGAAUGACAAAAAUUCCUAA